CUUGCAACAUGAACAUUCAACUGAGAACAGUGAAUGUUGAUGAAACAGAUUUGAUAUUUCAAUGUUAUUAUACAGAAUACAAGUGGCUCGUUGAUUUUUCUGUGUCUGCCGUGAUAUUCAAUAUCAUCAUCGAGGGGAUUUCGUGUUUAUUUCCCGCUCUUUUACGUAACGACAUCAGUGUGACGCCAUUAUGGAAUUUCUUGGGCAUAUUUUUUGCCAUACGUGUUUUGUUUCUGCUCACGGCUUCCUAUUGGUCGGGUGAUGAUUCAGGAGAAAAAUCUGUCUGCUUGACAUUUGGUGUUUUUUUCUUUGUUCUGGCGAUGGCCAUUUUGGUAGUCGAUGAAUCUAUGUUGGAGUUCAAUUUGGACUCAGGUUACGAAAUAUUCUCUGAAGAAGCUGAAUUAUUUUUGAAGAAACAAGGAUUCACACGAAAAGGUGGAUCCGCUCCAAUAUGGAUUUUCAAACUCGCGCUCGCUGUUAUCUCGGGAAUUAUCGGAGCCUUUCUCGGCUUUCCUGGCAUUAGAAUAUCAAUAAUGUUCUUGGAUUUGAUAGAGCAAUACAAAUCUAACAAGUUGCUUCUGUAA